AUCCAUUUCACACUCAUACACUCUCGCCCGUUUGCCUGGCCAAAAUCGAAACGUCGUUACAGUCAGUGCCAAUAUAUACAACGUAAUUUUAUAUUGACGCAUGUGCGUGUACCGUCCAUUGAUCGUGUGUGUUCGUGCUGUCUGCACAGAGACCAGCAGCUCAUGAACACACCGAUAUGGCUGAUAUCGAUAUCGGUGAGUGAGUUAGUGUGCGAGUGUGUGACAAAUGGGUGCUGAGCGCGAACGAGAAUGCAUACAAAAGAUACGAUACGAUGUGCAAAAGUAUGUGUGGCGCUACGGAGACUACCGCACGCUGCAAAUACUAGAAGAAAAAAAACCCAGUCGUUCAUGUAGUCCGUUUUCACAUUUGUGUGAGCUGUCAAACGCUUGGUUUUUAUUUAUGGUAAUUCGAAAUAAACAAAUGCAAAAACAAAACACAAAAUAACGCAUUUCAAAAUUGGUUUUUCGGUUUGACUGUAAAUUAAAUCCGGUGUAGUUACCGUUUUUUCUCUUCGCUUUUGCUGUCGCGUUCAACGAUACAACGAAACAGCAAACGAAUCGUUGGUUUUUUCUUUCUGCUUCUUCGGCUUGCGAAAAUUGUAUGUGUGGAAAAUUCAUCCUGUUCACUUUGAUUCACGAAAUGCGCAUUUUUCUAUCGGCUGGAAAAAUGUGGACUUUACUUCGAUGAGACAUACGAAAUUCGCAUAGAAAUUUUUAUUUUCAAGUUCAACAAAACAACGCACAAAAGUUGAAAGUUGACAAAUUUUUUUUUUUUUUUUUUUUCGUUCGUUUUUUUUCGCUGUCAAUCAACAGCACAUAAUAGAAAAAAUUGUGUCUUAAAAGUCACUGCCACAAUAGCAACGAAAGUUUUAUCCAAAUAUUAACCAAGUGAACGCACCACAAUUGAAAACAAAAACCGUUCGAAAAGUGUUUUGUGUCGGAUUUCCUUCGAUUUUUCGCCACAUUUUUUUGCUUCUGAUUUUUUCGUGUGACAAACGAGAGACCGUGGAAUGGCUGAAGCGCAUCAAGCUGUUGCAUUCUCAUUUUCAAUAACACACGAAGGAUGGGACAUCAAUUACGAUCGUGAAGUGCUUGAUUUGAUUUGGGACUCAGGUGUUCGAUCGUGGAAGAAGCGUUUCGCACGUUUAAGAAAUGGGCUACGAAAUGGUGCCUAUCCAGCUCAUUUACAUAGUCUUUGGAUCAUCACAGCCAUUUUGGCUGGCCUACAUCUCACCGGUAAAACUAAAUUCGAUACAAUCAAUUUUAUUCUCUCGCUGCUUCCCGGCGAUACACUACCAUGGCAGUUGUUAGCAUGUUUUUUGAUGGGUCUCGCGAUAUGGCUGACGAUUUGCUUCGUCAUGCGAAAUACUUUGAAAUUGUUGCUCAUGUACAAAGGUUGGAUGUAUGAAUCACGCGAAAAAGGCAGUAAAAUCUCACUCACCACACAGCUAUGGGCUGGAGCAACGAGAAUUUUCUCCUCAUGGAAUACACCUUCUUUGUACAGUUUUCAAGGUUCAUUGCCAAAUCUCCCGCUACCCUCUGUACACGACACAAUGCAACGAUAUUUACGCUCCGUUCGACCGCUACUUGACGAUGACAAUUACAAGCGAAUGGAGCAAUUGGCAAAAGAAUUUGAAACAACCAUUGCACCAAAGCUGCAGAAAUAUCUGGUGUUGAAGAGCUGGUGGUCGGCAAACUAUGUGUCGGAUUGGUGGGAAGAAUACGUGUACUUGCGCGGCCGUUCACCAUUGAUGGUCAACAGCAAUUUUUAUGGCAUCGACGCACUUUUCCUCGAAAAUACACGCAAGCAAUCGGCUCGUGCGGCCAUGGGUAUCAAUCUUUUGCUACAAUUCCGUCGUUUGGUCGAGAGACAAGAACUUCAACCGAUCAUGGCUCAAGGAUUAGUCCCGUUGUGCUCAUGGCAGUAUGAGCGCAUUUUUAAUACCGUUCGAGUUCCAGGAGUUGAAACCGACAAAAUCAUUCAUUACAUGGACUCGAAUCACAUCGUUGUGAUACACAAAGGACGCUACUUCAAGGUUAUCAUCUAUCACAAGGGCCGAUUGUUGAGGCCUAGCGAAAUUCAAGUUCAAAUGGAAGAAAUUCUUAAAUCGGAGGAUCCAUCGUCACCAGGUGAGGAUUUGCUUGCUUCGUUAACGGCUUGGAAUCGCACUAAAUGGGCUCAAACACGAAAUUCAAUGUUCAACAAAGGCAUCAACCGCAUUUCACUUCACACCAUUGAAUCGGCCGCAUUCGUUGUAUCGCUUGAUGACGAAGACUACGAAACCGAUAUCUACAAAGGUGCUCAGCUAGACUCAUUUGGCAAAGCCAUGUUGCAUGGCAACGGACACAACAGAUGGUUUGAUAAGAGUUUCAAUCUAUGCAUCGGUACAAAUGGACGAAUCGGUUUCAAUGCUGAACAUUCAUGGGGCGAUGCAGCUGUUAUGUCAAAUGUUUGGGAAUUCGUUGUGAUGGAAGAAGUUCUACAAAAUGGCUACGAUGAGAAUGGUGAUUGUAUUGGACAGCCUGAAUUCAUACCACCAACACCAAAACGAAUGGCAUGGGAUCUAAAAAGUCCCGAAUGUAUAGCCGCCAUUAAUGAGGCAAAUGCGGAUGCACAAAUUCUCAUCAGAGAUCUACACCUACGCAUUUAUGCGCACGAUCAUUAUGGAAAGGGUUUCAUGAAAAAAUGCCACCUUUCACCCGACGCCUACCUUCAAAUGGCGCUACAAUUGGCUUAUUACCGUGAUGCUGGCCGCUUUUCAUUGACGUAUGAAGCAUCGAUGACUCGACUAUUCCGUGAAGGACGUACAGAAACUGUACGACCAUGCACUAUCGAAUCAGCUGCUUGGGUCAAAUCCAUGCUCGAUGAAAAUACAACGGCUGAAAAACGCAUUGAACUGCUGCGCAUUGCCGCUAAACAACAUCAAAAGGGCUAUCAAGAUGCGAUGUGCGGCAAAGGAAUCGAUCGACAUCUGUUUUGCUUGUACGUUGUGUCCAAGUAUUUGGAAGUUGAUUCGCCAUUCCUAAAUGAGGUGCUCAGCGAACCAUGGCGAUUGUCGACCAGUCAAACGCCGCACGGUCAAACCAAUAAAAUGGACUUGCGUAAAUACCCAAACUGUAUCAGCGCAGGAGGCGGUUUUGGACCCGUUGCUGAUGAUGGAUACGGCGUAUCUUACAUCGUUGCCGGCGAAAAUCUUAUUUUCUUCCACAUAUCAUCCAAAAGAAACUCUCCGCUGACGGAUUCAGAGAAGUUUGCAAAACAAAUUGAACGGGCGCUACUUGAUAUCAAAGAGCUGUUCGAUGGUCCAAGCAAGUAAAGAAGAAAAAAAAAUGGCAAAAUCGAGAGGCUAGAGCGCAUUGAUGAAUGCCGUUAUUUAUUUUUGUAUGAAAGAAAGAAAAUCUUUAAGAUUCCAACAAGUCAAAACAAAACAACAAAGCACACUGAACUAUUUUCAAGAAGCGACGAAACAAGUAUAUUUAUAUUCGGGUAACAUUCAGACAAAUCGAAUCCAACAAUUUUACAUUACAUUGAAUAAGAUAGUAAAGAAAAGAAGUAGAAUAAAGAUGAACGCAGAAAAUACCAGGCUGAAAACAGUUCAAAGAGAAAGCUUUAACAUGAAUUCACUCCAAGAAGUCAUUGUAAAGAAGAAGGAAAGCCAAGUGAUUGAACUGGAUGGAACGACGCACAUUCAAUAUUAUUUCCAAUCAUUCACAACAAAGUGUUCAACCGCCGCAUACAAAAUAUCGACAGAAAGAAAGUAUUGUUAUCUUAUAUAUAUAUAUAUUAUUGACUCGCAGAGAUUAGGUUAAAAAAAAAAUUAACAAAUUAUUAUUUUCUUUUCAUGUCUUGAUUUUUAUAUCAAAAUUUACAUUCCAUAACUAAAAUACAAAAAGCAAAUUAACCAAAAUUUCAAUGAACAAAAAAAAUGUAUUCGUAGUAUUUGAUUGGACGUUAGAUGGCUUGUCUUACGAAAUAUUCGUGGACAAUUCGCUAGGAAUUUCAUUGUUAUUAAUCGAAAGGAAAAAAAAGUACAGCUCAAAGCAACAAAACAUUCAACAAAACCGUUACGGUCUAUUUUCCAUUGUAAAAGAGUAUUUGACCUUUAGAGAAAUCAAAAAAAAAGAGACGAUAGACAUAGCAAAAACAAAACCUAAGACAAAACAUAUAAAAAUCAUAUUUGUUAGACAAAGAGAAUUAUGAAUGAAGUAAUAAAAUAAUCUACUAAUUGUGAAUUGGACCGAUCAAAGAAAUAAAGAUUUGCGUGUACCUCAAAGAAUAA